AUGGAUUAUAAAGUCCCCGCACAUAUAGAAAUCGAUACUUAUUUUUCUACUAAUCCGGUAUCCGAAUGGCAUCGUCUCAAUGCUUAUAUGAAUUCCAAAUUAGGGACCAGCCCACUUUCGACAGCGCCAGAUUUAUAUAGGUCCUUUCAUAGAUCAUUGGCUAUAGUUGAGAAAAAUGAGGCUGGCAGUUAUCCUAAAUACAUUGUGGAAUAUGCAAAAAAGCUAAAGACAGCUGUCAAGUCGAAAAAAAUUUUUUUCAUUGAACUAGCCGAGAAGAUUAUUGAUCGCAUUGAUCGACGGGAAUUAAUGAGAGAAAAUAAUAUUGAUAUUUGUGAAAAACAGACCGUGCGGGAUCAAGCAUCUAAGUCAAAAGCAUUGGACGAUAUAACAAAUGCAAUUACUGGAAAGCGUAAAAGAGAUAGUAAUGACAAUUAUGAGAAUGAGCUUAAUGAAGAAAUGGUCAAAGAAAAUUAUGCUACUUCUGCAAGAGAACCCAGUAAUGACUUCGCAAUUUCCUCAUUCGGUAUUGAAGUGAGCUCUAAACAAAUACUUACAUGGGACCAUGUAAUACCAAAAAUGGAAAUAAAAGAAAACUCUUUGAAAGAUUGGAUAAAUGAAGGGCACAAUUUUUCCGAAGAUUUUCGGCAAUUUCAGAAGUUUAUCAUUGAGAAACUAAAAGUCAAUCCGAUUUUAAGCUAUGUAACCGAUUGUGAAUCCAUAAUCGCCUUAUCAAGCAUAAUGAUAUUAAGAAAGAACCAAAAACCAGCUUAUGUCUCAUGUACCGAUAACGAGUGGCGGAUGACGUUUCCACGCAUUACCUAUAAAUUCAAGAUGCCAGCUCUUGUUCAAUCCACUCAUAUAAUGAGAGGUGAAUUGGCCGAAUUUGAAGAGCUGUGGCGAUUGAACUGGAGCAAAGUGUCUUUAUUGGAUGAUCAAGACGAUAAGAGGAUAUUCGAUUCAGUGCAGAUUAUAACACGUAAUUUCUUUUACAAUUUACCAUAUGGCAAAAAAAAGAAUCAAUCAGAUGAAGACACCUACGCACAUAGAACUUGUCACGUAAUCUUGGAAGAGAUUUUCCGUGUCGAAACUAUGCAACUUGUAUGGGCAAACGGAGAGAGUAGUUCAUCUAAAAAUCAAUGUUCAGGGGAUUCUGAUACCCAUGGGUUAAAGCCCGAUUUUCGCUUAAUUUGUAAAGAUGAAAAUGAGAGUGAAAUUCUAUUUGGAGAGAUUAAGCCACCGAAAGUAGAAAAUCACAAGUCCAUUGCAAAUCAUGCACUUGCAAAAUUGGCUACUCUCAUGAAGAGUGCAUUAGACAUAGGGAUUCAUGAUGAAACGUAUGGUGUACUAAUUAAUGGAAACAGGAUUGAGUUUUGGAGGAUCACUUUAGAAUAUGAUGGCUUAUACCAGCUUGUCUCUCUAGUCGAAAUGACUUUUCCUACUGAGGCGGCGGAAUUUCUUGUAAUCAUAUCUGCCAUAGAAAGAUGUUAUGAAUUAAGAGAGCUUGUUCUCGAAACUGAUAGAAAGGGUAACUCCCACCUGAACGACAAUUAUCAGCGUGAUUCAAACUAUAGUCCUAUGAAGACAAAAGUUCCCGUUAUCAAUAUUCAAACAUCUGGUCAUUCAGAAUGA